UGAGAGAGUGCUGACAGUGGCACGCACAUCGAAAAGAGUAUAAUGGAAGUUAGCGCGUGUUGCCACGUGUCAAAAGUGGGAUCAGAUAGAUAAACCCCCUCCUUUUCUUCUUCGUUGAAUUUCCGUCACUUCUAUUACUGAAAACUCAAAAAAACCCAACCGCAGCAUCAAAAUCUGAGUCACUAAGCUUGAAGAGAAUGGACCACAGCGCAGAUGCACACCGUACGGACCUGAUGACCAUAACACGAUUCGUGCUCAACGAACAGUCAAAGCACCCUGAAUCGCGCGGUGACUUCACCAUCUUACUCAGUCACAUUGUUCUUGCUUGCAAGUUCGUCUGCUCUUCUGUUAACAAGGCUGGUCUCGCCAAACUCAUUGGACUUGCUGGAGAGACUAACGUUCAGGGUGAAGAGCAGAAGAAACUGGAUGUGCUUUCCAAUGAAGUCUUCAUCAAGGCCUUGAUUAGCAGUGGCCGAACUAGCAUAUUGGUUUCGGAAGAAGACGAGGAAGCAACCUUCGUGGAGCCUUCUUUGCGUGGAAAGUACUGCGUCGUUUUUGAUCCUUUGGAUGGUUCCUCUAACAUUGAUUGUGGCGUUUCAAUUGGCACCAUAUUUGGGAUUUAUAUGGUGAACGAUGUGAAUGAACCAACACUAGAAGAUGUUUUGCAACCUGGCAAGAACAUGUUGGCUGCUGGUUAUUGUAUGUAUGGAAGCUCUUGCACGUUUGUGUUAACCACUGGUAGUGGUGUUAAUGGUUUCACGCUUGACCCAUCACUUGGUGAGUUCAUACUAACUCACCCUGACAUCAAGAUCCCAAAGAAAGGCAAGAUUUAUUCAGUGAAUGAAGGAAAUGCUAAGAACUGGGAUGGUCCUACUGCCUUUUAUGUGGAGAGAUGCAAGUUCCCCAAAGAUGGUUCAUCACCAAAGUCUCUAAGAUAUAUUGGAAGUAUGGUAGCUGAUGUUCAUCGAACAUUGCUAUAUGGAGGUAUCUUUUUGUACCCUGCUGAUAAAAAGAGUCCUAAUGGAAAACUGCGGGUACUAUACGAGGUAUUUCCAAUGUCAUUUUUGAUGGAACAAGCAGGGGGACAAGCAUUCACUGGCAAACAACGGGCACUUGAUUUGAUUCCUAAGAAGUUACAUGAGAGAUCUCCCAUAUUCCUUGGAAGCUACGAUGAUGUUGAGGAAAUCAAAGCUCUUUAUGCUGCUGAGGCCAAGUAGGAAUCACCCUAAAGAGUGUCCUUUCGCCAUGCACUCAAUCCAUGCAUCUUAGAACAAAUUGUGAAUAAAGAAUAAAUUGAUUGAGAUAACAUGGAUAUUAAUGAAAGAAGGAUAACUGCAUCCUUUUCUUUCAACUGGUUGUAAUAGUUUCAAUCUUAUAGCAUUAAGGCAUACUAGUUUCUCUCAUAA